ACUUACAAUCUUAGAGUCCAGGUCACUUAUUUUAAAGCUUGAAAAUCGUCCAAAUAAAAUAGAAGAAACAUUGUUUAAACUCAUUUCAAAGCUAAUCUUAAAUAGUUUGUCCUUGUGCCAAUUAAAAUUCGCCUACAUGAUAAGUCAUAGAUAAACACCUCACUAAGUUAACUGCUGGUGUUUAGCUCUGACUGCUUCUGCAGGUUUCAUCGCCAAGGUUAGUGUGUAUAUAUUUAUGUUUACAAUGUGUGUGAUGAUCUUUGAAAUAUAUUAAGUCAUUUAUUUAUAAAAUAUAACCUUAUACUGACAACCGUUUGACAACCAGCAAAACAUUUGCAACAAGUAUACAAUAUUUUAAUAUUCUUUUUACGCCAUGCACCUCACACUAACCCUAAUUCAUUCAAAAAUGUUAAUAUCUUUUAAAUUUCAACAUCAAAACCUCUUAGCUAUUUUUACGCCCUCAAGUGGAUCUGUACUUUAUGGACUCACGUGACGUUGUCAUUAUUGAUUAAACCUGUAAUGUAUGUAAGAGUUAUUUCUUCUAGUGGGAGGAUCUGAAGCCAAGGUCAAGGAUUGCUUUGUUCGUCAGUCCAUUUUAAGCAUGGUCGUAUUUUGGCGGGUUCUCAAAAUAUUUCGUAAAUCUAUAUAAGCGUGUUUUUAUAAGUCUAAGACACGCUAAAAAAAAAGUUGAUCAAUUUGUGUUCAGCGUAAGAAAAGCGAAGUACAUGACACAUUACAUAGUUUCUUCUUCUCCUUAAACUGUAAUAAGUAGACAUCGGAUGAAUGCUAGUUCUCUGAGAGAAAGCUCUGGGUAAUUACGACAACAACAACAACAAAAUGCCAGUAAAAUAAAACAACAAAUUUAGUUCUGGUGGGGUUCGAAACCUCGCGGGGUUCAAUAAUAUUGGAGCUUAAAGUCCAACCACUCAACCACUGAACCACUCGGCCACUCAAGCAAUCAAACACCCGGCCACUCAUGCAAUCGGCCACUCAUCCACUCGACCGCUCGGCCACUCAAAAACUCCACCAUUCAAACACUCCACCACUCAAGCACUCGGCCACUCAUCCACUCCACCACUCAAAAACUCCACCAUUCAAACACUCCACCACUCAAGCACUCGGCCACUCAACCACUCGACCACUCCACCACUCAAAAACUCCACCAUUCAAACACUCCACCACUCAACUAUUCGGCCACUCAACCAUCAUACUUCUGUAUCACGAAGGCACGGCACCCGUAUUCACCAAGUGAUAAUAAAAUAUCAUAAAAACUGUUUUUAUAAUAUAACUGAGAUAUAUUAGAUAUACCGGGUGUUUGUCCUAGUGCCGGGUCCGGGUAUUUUGAAACUCUAGUCUUUACCCGGCGGGAUUCUCUCCCGGGAUCUUUGGGUAUUUUAACCGUUUUUUUGUUUUUUGUUUUUUUUAGUAAACAAAUGACUUCUUGGAAAACUUUCCGAGCCCGGGAAAUCCCGAGUAAACAUUAUUAAAAUGUAACUUUCUUCUUUUUCUUUUUUUCUUUGGUGAAAAUUUCCACAGCUUAUCGCUUUAGUUAAGCCAGAUUCGGUCAAGUCUAGUUCAAGUCUUAAGCUCCGCAGCUUAAGUGCACAUGUUCUUUAAGAGUUUUCAGUUCACGACCACAUUUAUAUACAAGCAAAAGUGAACCCGACCACUAUGUAUAAAAAUGGAAAAAAGGUUUAAAUUUAGUUCUUGGAAAAGAAAACAUUAAGACUAAAAUUUUUAGUAUUACAAUUAACGACGCUCUCGGUCUCACGAUAAAAAAUUGUGACUAAGUCACUCAGUUACUAAGUCACUCAGUUACUAAGUCACUCAGUUACUAAGUCACUCUGUUACUAAGUCACUCUGUUACUAAGUCACUCUGUUACUAAGUCACUCUGUUACUAAGUCACUCUGUUACUAAGCCACUCAGUUACUAAGUCACUCAGUUACUAAGUCACUCAGUUACUAAGUCACUCAGUUACUAAGUCACUCAUAUAGGACGUCUGCUCCCGUGGGCCGGGAACCAGUGCUCUAGUCACUCAUCGUAUAGGACACCCGCUCCCGUGGGCCGGGAACCAGUGCUCUAGUCACUCAUCAUAUAGGAUGUCCGCUCCAGUGGGGCUGGGAACCAGUGCUCUAGUCACUCAUCAUAUAGGACGUCCGCUCCCGUGGGCCGGGAACCAGUGCUCUAGUCACUCAUCAUAUAGGACGUCCGCUCCAGUGGGCUGGGAACCAGUGCUCUAGUCACUCAACAUACCAGGCUGUUGAGGUGUCAAAUUUCUUUUUAUAUAUUAUGACGUAUUGUAUAUUUUACUUCCAAAUUCAACCUUUAAGAUAAAGACAUAAAUGAAUACAUUUAUUAACAUUAAUUAUAUAAAUUUUGGUUGUUGUCUUUGAGACAGCACUUUGUUACAAGUUGUUGGGAGCAUCAUCUUGAAACUAUUUCAUGGGGGAAUUGAAUACGAGUAUCAAAAACUACAUACGUUUAUAAUUGCAGGUUUGAAGAAAAUUGAGUUUGAAGCUUUGUAAGUCAAAUUGAAAUGUCUUAUAAUCGUGCGUGCGAUUUAAAGGAGUGUUGUUUCCAUCAGGCACACGACAUUAUGUCGAACAAAUUUGUCCACAUGUUUUAAUGGUAGUUGUUCACUUUGUUUCAUGGGUCUAGUAAGUUUUAUCCUAAAUUUUAUUUUGCGAAAUUUCUUGGAUAUAAAAACUAUUAUUUUUUGCUAAUCGACUGAGGUAUGUCGCCUAUCUUAUUCUGAGAUACAUACCAUUUUUUCUCAAAUAUUUAUAGGCUAUGUGUACUAUUUAUUGAGGCUAGAGACUGUUGUACACAUUUUAAUAUUACGUGACUUUCAGUAUUUCAAACUUCAAAAAAAUUAAUUUUUAAAAUCUUAAAGUUCCCAAUAAACCGAUAAAUUGUUACCUUUAUGAUAAAUGUAAUAAAGGCAAUCACCUCUUUAAAGAAAUGGAUGUUGUGGAUUUUAAGAAAAUGGUACCCGGGUGCGAACGGCGGCGCUGCGUGUCCGGGUCCACUUUGACUCAGUGCUAUUCGGAUGUCAUUUGUGGUAGUUUAUUUUGGUUAAACUGAAGAAUUAAGUUUACAAACAUAUAGUCCAUUCAGUUAUCUUUCAUUUGAUGCCUCAUUUUGUCUUACAAACCCAACAAUAAAAUUUUAAAUAUUUUUUUUUUUAAUCCCAACCUCUCACUUCUGGUACCCGGGUGCGAAUAGCCACUUCGAACAAUAGUACCGUGCGGUAAAGUAUACCAAUAGCAAAUGAUUGCAUAACUUAAUGUUUGACUAACUAUACAUAAGGCAUAACGAAUAACUCGAUACAGCUGUGUCAGCAGGCUCAAUGGAUCAUAGGUGCGUGAACCAGGUUUCAAUAACUUUACAAUGAGCUUCCUAAGCCUAAGCCACUGGGGAACUAGGCGAAGCCAAAAUAAUGUCACGAAAUAACGCAAUCUUAUUAGUGUUUGGUUAUUUCGUAGGCCUGCUCCUUACUGACACUAGACUUAAUUGUUACGUGUCAGUGCUGAUGUCAAACUGCUCCUUACUGACACAAGUCUUAAUAGUUACGUGUCAAUGUUGAUGUCAAACUGCUCCUUACUGACACUAGACUUAAUUGUUACGUGUCAGUGUUGAUGUCAAACUGCACCUUACUGACACUAGUCUUAAUUGUGACGUGUCAAUGUUGAUGUCAAACUGCUCCUUACUGACACAAGUCUUAAUUGUUACGUGUCAGUGUUGAUGUCAAACUGCUCCUUACUGACACUAGUCUUAAUUGUUACGUGUCAAUGUUGAUGUCAAACUGCUCCUUACUGACAAUAGUCUUAAUUGUUACGUGUCAAUGUUGAUGUCAAACUGCUCCUUACUGACACUAGACUUAAUUGUUACGUGUCAGUGUUGAUGUCAAACUGCUCCUUACUGACACUAGACUUAAUUGUUACGUGUCAAUGUUGAUGUCCAUCUGCUCCUUACUGACACUAGACUUAAUUGUUACGUGUCAAUGUUGAUGUCCAUCUGCUCCUUACUGACACUAGACUUAAUUGUUACGUGUCAAUGUUGAUGUCUAUCUGCUCCUUACUGACACUAGACUUAAUUGUUACGUGUCAGUGCUGAUGUCAAAUACCUCUGUUUCGGUCAUGUAACAGAGCGAUGUCACGGGAUAAGCCAAAUGAAAAGCCCUGAAAAUUGAGAAAUCCCAGUUGCCCAGUUGCGGUCCUUUGCCAUGGGGUAGUAAAGUAAAGACUACGCCAUAGACCCAUGGGGGUAGUAAAGUAAAGACUACGCCAUAGACCCAUGGGGUAGUAAAGUAAAGACUACGCCAUAGACCCAUGGGGGUAGUAAAGUAAAGACUACGCCAUAGACCCAUGGGGAUAGUAAAGUAAAGACUACGCCAUAGACCCAUGGGGGUAGUAAAGUAAAGACUACGCCAUAGACCCAUGGGGUAGUAAAGUAAAGACUACGUCAUAGACCCAUGGGGUAGUAAAGUAAAGACUACGCCAUAGACCCAUGGGGGUAGUAAAGUAAAGACUACGCCAUAGACCCAUGGGGGUAGUAAAGUAAAGACUACGCCAUAGACCCAUGGGGGUAAUAAAGUAAAGACUACGCCAUAGACUAUGUAAACCGCUCUAAAAGCCUCCCCACAUUAUGACUAUCACCAAAGUCUGUUAAAAUUUACCAUCAGCUCCAUGAAUUGUAUACUGUAUUCGUCAUUCGAUCGAAGUUAGGGCACACAAGUAAAAGACAGAAACUGAUACGUCUUCCUCGACGGCUACGCAGUAUGGUGGCCGAGUGGUUAAGGCGUUGGACUUAAGAUCCAAUGGAAUUAUUUCCGCGUGGGUUCGAACCCCACCCGUACUAAAUAUAUUUUUUUAAAUAUUAUUUUUUUAUAUAAAAAAAAAUUCCCUUUAUGUAGUAUUUCUCGUUCCAGUUCUAAAAAGUAUGGUGGACUGUGUUCGUGAGGCCUCAGUAGCCAACCAGUGCCCCCCCCCCCCCGAUCUUAAAUAACGAGGCGUCCACUUAAGUAUUAUCUAUUAUAUGAGAUUAUUUAUAACAUUAUGACUGUCAUGAGAUUAGUACGAAGGGUGGAUUUAAAACGUGUAGUCCAAUGUUUGAAUACGUUGUUUUCAGGCAAGGUGUGAGUGAGAAAUAGUGAAAUUUAAAACUGAAUAAUAUAAUGUAUCUUUGUUCUCUCUCUCUUUCUUUCUCUCUCUCUCUCUCUCUCUCUCUCUCUCUCUCUCUCUCUCUCUCCACCCCCCCCCUCUCUCCACACCCCCCCCCCCAACCUCCCAAAUACAUUUCCAAUCUAACCUGAAACCAAACCAAUUUGACUAAAGUGAUUUUCUAGAGCUGUUCGAUGGUCUUUGACUUGGGUCUUAUUAAAGCCAGAAUUUUAUUCCACUGGAAUAAGUAAUACUUGCACCAGAAGAUCUCUGCCAAUGACAUCAUCAGAUGGCAUACCAUCAUCCGGUAUGGCUCACGACAGGGGAAGAAAUCAACGUUGAAUUGUGGGACUCCCGGGUAUGGCUUUUCAUUACCACAAAUCUGAUGGCUUGAUCAAACAUGUACAACACAACCGGUAACUUCUAGUCUACAAGCUGUUUCGUAAACAAAACAAACAACCCACUGGUGUGGCACGGGGGGGGGGGGGGGGGUUAAUGGGAGGGAGGGGGGGUGUUGGCAUUAAAACUACAGCAGCACUGUCAUGUAAGCACUCUGAUGUUAGCACUCUGAUGUUAGCACUCUCACUAUCAUCACUCUGGUGUUAGGAUAAAUAUGGCACACGGAAAAGAGUUGGACAGACGGGGACACACACACACACACACAAAGCAAUAUCUUCUCUGUCUUGCAAGAGAACAGUUAGGAUAAAAAUUUUUGAGAAUAUAUUUAUUUAUAUCUAUUGUAUAUAUUUAUAUAUAUUUAUAUAUAUAUAUAAUAUAUAUCUUGGUAAGGUUAGUAACAAAUCUUGCAUCCUUGGUGAAAAGAGGGGUGGGGAAACCAUGGCACUACAGCAGGGAGGUCUUGGGUUAUGUACAUUAGUGGACAACAGACAGUGUGACCUGUGAGACCUUCCACACACAGCUGUUCAACAAGUCCUUCAAUUCUUUUUUCUUCUUUUUUUUUUUAAAGAAAAACAAAUCAUCAAAGUUAAAAAUAAAACCUCUUGUUUAAAACAAACUAGAAAAAUAGGGAGGGAAAAAAACCACCUUGAAAUUAUGCUUAGAUAAGAAUUGUAGAAAUAAGUUGUGUAUAUAGUCCCUGGUGGUUAUUUACAUCACAACAAGUUGAAAAACACAUUUUGCUCUGGAGCAAACAAACAAGUCAUGUAUCAAAAUAUGAUACGAGUAGAAAGAUAUAGUUUAGGUUAGUCAUUGGGCGGGACAUGUCAUCAGAGGACACGAAGAGUUCAACUGUUCAGCGAUGGCGUCAUGGUCACCGGACGCCAACGCCGCCACGUCCAACCGUCAAUUGUAGACACCUGACGCCGAGUCAGACUGCCGGCUCAUUUCUCCGUUGGACUCGGAACUCAGGUCCCCAGAGUCGGCAGCCAUGAGCCGAGCGUUGCGGUUCUCCACGCAUUUCCUCAUGUGCUUCUCCAGCGUGCUGGGCACUGAGAAGGGCAUGUUGCAGAACUUGCAGGUGUACACGUCCUUCCCGAGGCGGCCGUGCGUCUUCAUGUGUCGGGUCAGCUUGCUGGACUGGGCGCACGCGUAGCUGCACAGGCUGCACUUGUACGGCUUCUCACCCGUGUGCGACCGCCNGCAUCAGAAGGCCAAUCUUCGUGGGACAAGUUCUAUCUGGACGGGCGCAUCAGAAGGCCAAUCUUCGUGGGACAAGUUCUAUCUGGACGGGCGCAUCAGAAGGCCAAUCUUCGUGGGACAAGUUCUAGUCCUUAUGCAAUGUUAGGGCUCCGUCUGAAAUAAAGAUGCUUUCAUGCGUGGAGUCUUGUGGUAGGAUUGCCCCGAGAUGGAAUACUGUGUGGAGUCUUAUUUGGUAGGAUUGACCCGAGAUGGAAUACACUGUGGAGUCUUAUGGUAGGAUUGCCCCGAGAUGGAACACAGUGUCGAGUCUUAUGGUAGGAUUGCCCCGAGAUGGAAUACACUGUGGAGUCUUAUUUGGUAGGAUUGCCCCGAGAUGGAAUACACUGUGGAGUCUUAUAUGGUAGGAUUGCCCCGAGAUGGAAUACACUGUGGAGUCUUAUGAUAGGAUUGUCCCGAGAUGGAACACAGUGUCGAGUCUUAUGGUAGGAUUGCCCCGAGAUGGAAUACACUGUGGAGUCUUAUUUGGUAGGAUUGCCCCGAGAUGGAAUACACUGUGGAGUCUUAUAUGGUAGGAUUGCCCCGAGAGGGAAUACACUGUGGAGUCUUAUGAUAGGAUUGUCCCGAGAUGGAACACAGUGUCGAGUCUUAUGGUAGGAUUGUCCUGAGAUGGAACACAGAGUGGAGUCUUAUGGUAGGAUUUUCCUGAGAUGGAAUACACAGUGGAGUAUUGUGAUAGGAUUGGCAUGAAUGCCCUGCUCAAAAUAAAUGGGUGACACCUGGAUGAGUACCUGUGGGCCGAUAUAUUAUAUUCAGAAAUACCAACCCAUUUAUAUAUAUACAAAAAAUAUACAUUAACAGCUUUAUUUGUGCCGAUGUACCUGUUUCUUGUUUUUUAUUGGCUUAUCUGUUAAUAUUUCAUUUUCUCCCCAGACCAGUCAAGUCACAUGGCGUCCCAUUCAUUGCUGGUGUUUCUGGCUAUUAAUAGCUUCGCAAUCCCUUUGGCUUCCGGUGAUUACCCGACGGUGGCGCCGGAUGGGUCAAAAGAGAACGACCUGAAACUGGACCCGGAAGUCUACAUGAAAGCCGUAAGACUUAUUGAUGCACGUCUCUUAUCCUAGCAGUGUCUUGUAAUCGUUCACCAUUAAGCCACAAAAAUUUGAAAAAUUAUUAGGAUAAACUACUAAUGUUGGUUGUCUUGUUUUCCCCCCAUUCCAAAUCAAUUUUUUCAAUACUGGAAGCCAUUCCUAGGCCACUAACGAAUGCAGGUUUCUCCUUUAUUAUUUUGUUGUCACGAUGCUAUGACCUCUCGCUAUCCAGACCGAGCUUAUCACGAGCAAAGGUUUCCCGUGUGAGAAUUAUUACGUCACAACCGAGGACGGCUACAUCCUUAAUACUCUGCGUAUACCUCAUGGGCGUAGCAACGGGAACACUAAAGGUAAACAUUAAAAAAAAAAAUAAUUCAAUCUUGAAGUAACGUCUAAUGCGACAGCAAAUGCUUUUGUUAAAAACACAUUCCAAUUAAAAUGUUUCAUAUGUCGUAUGGCACAUCCUGUUUCAAACUAUUUAAUGUGACCUAAUGAAUUAUUUGGUUUGGAAGAAACAUGUUUUUGAUCAAACAUGACACAUAUUUUGUGCCUAGUGGUUUGUAUAUUUUAAAAAAAUAUAUAUUUUUUCUGGGUCAGGCCCGCGACCCGUGGUCAUCUUACAACAUGGUCUACUGGGCAGCUGCACGAAUUUCCUGGAUAACCUGGCCAACGAGAGCCUGGCCUACAUCCUGGCAGACGCCGGGGCCGACGUGUGGCUGGGGAACAGCAGAGGGAACAUCUACUCCACGAACCACACACACCUGGACCCUAAGGAAACGGAGUUCUGGGCCUUUAGGUAGUGCGACAUGCUCAUUAAUGCAUACUUUAAAAGUAAAGAUAAAAUUAUGAAUUUAAAAAAAAAUAUCGUAACACGAAUACUAAUACCAUUUUAAGAUAUCAUAAUUUUUGUAAGAUAAUGCUAUCAUAAUUUGUGUAGGAUAUAAUUUUUAUAAUAUCUCUAAUAUAUAUUUUGCUUGUGGUGUGGCUGCUUCCAUUUCCGGAAAGCGCACAAAAUAUAAUUCCCGAUAACUACGCUACAUUAUUUUUUUUUUUAAAUAAUGCAACAGCGUUUGGUGUUUAAUAUUUUCUUUUCGGAAGAUGAGAUUUAAAUAUGGCGUAGUAAAUAUUCAGUUUAAAAGUGGUUGGGACAUGAGAAUAUUAAUAUCAUAUAAUAAUCGUGUUUAGAUAAUGCUAUCAUAAUUUGGGUAAGAUAAUGCUAUCAUAAUUUGUGAAAUAUAAUGCUAUCAUAAUUUGUGUAAGAUAAUACUAUCAAUUUUUUUCUGCUUGCUCCAUUUCAGCUGGGAUGAAAUGGCCAGGUAUGACCUGCCAGCUGUGCUCAUGUUCGUCCUCCACACGUCAGCCGUGGACCACGUCUAUUACGUCGGACACUCGCAAGGCACGACCAUCGCGUUCGCCGAAUUUGGAGAAAACCCGGAACUCGCGUCUCACAUCAAACAUUUCAUAGCGAUGGCGCCCGUCGCACAAGUCUGGAACAUGGAAUCGCCCAUCAAGCAGCUCGCACCUUUUGCCAAAGACAUCGGAGUGAGUGAGCGCGCGAGCGUCUCGUGUGACGUCUUAUGAUGUAGAACUCAUAGACUCACCGUCAUUACAUUUAAUUGCAAACCGUAAAUUAUUAUUUUUUUAAUAUUCAACAAAGAACUAUAAUAAGAUGUAUCAAUGCAUAAGAGCCCCCCCCCCCUUUUCCCGUUUUUAAACUUUUUUUAAGCUAAACCAUUUCCGAUAUCUCUGUUAGCUUAAAUAUAAUUUAAGAAAUCUCAUAUUUUUCGUUAUUAUUCGCUGUGAUCGCUGACAGCCUAACUGUUUCCAUUUGUUUCAGACGUUUCUUGCACUGUUUGGCCAUGGCAAGUUUAACCUCGAUUCCAAAAUAUUGAAUUUCCUGGCGGGAGACCUGUGCGAUACUUGGGGCAACACUCUGUGCGAGAACGCGCUCUUCGCUCUUGGGGGAGUCGACUACACAUCUCUGAACAAGGUAAUCGGUGCCAUUUUGUUUGUGCGGGUAUAAUUGUUGCUGUUUUCAAUGAAAGAGAGCGGCACAAGGGAAAGUACUCUUAACAAUAAAUGUGUAUUGGGACACAUUUGUAUUAAGAUAUAUUUGUAUUGAGAUAUAUUUGUAUUGAGAUAUAUUUGUAUUGAGAUAUAUUUGUAUUGAGAUAUAUUUGUAUUGAGAUAUAUUUGUAUUGAGAUAUAUUUUAUUGAGAUAUAUUUGUAUUGAGAUAUAUUUGUAUUGAGAUAUAUUUGUGUUGAGAUAUAUUUGUGUUGAGAUAGAUUUAUAUUGAGAUAUUUUUGUAUUGAGAUAUAUUUGUAUUGAGAUAUUUUUGUAUUGAGAUAUAUUUGUAUUGAGAUAUAUUUGUAUUGAGAUAUAUUUGUGUUGAGAUAGAUUUGUAUUGAGAUAUAUUUGUAUUGAGAUAUAUUUUAUUGAGAUAUAUUUGUACUGAGAUAUAUUUGUAUUGAGAUAUAUUUGUGUUGAGAUAUAUUUGUGUUGAGAUAGAUUUGUAUUGAGAUAUUUUUGUAUUGAGAUAUAUUUGUAUUGAGAUAUUUUUGUAUUGAGAUAUAUUUUUAUUGAGAUAUAUUUGUAUUGAGGUAUAUUUGUAUUGAGAUAUAUUUGUAUUGAGAUAGUUUUGUAUUGAGAUAUAUUUGUAUUGAGGUAUAUUUGUAUUGAGAUAUAUUUGUAUUGAGGUAUAUUUGUAUUGAGAUAUAUUUGUAUUGAGAUAUAUUUGUAUUGAGAUAUAUUUGUAUUGAGAUAGAUUUGUAUUGAGAUAGAUUUGUAUUGAGAUAGAUUUGUAUUGAGAUAUAUUUGUAUUGAGGUAUAUUUGUAUUGAGAUAGAUUUGUAUUGAGAUAGAUUUGUAUUGAGAUAGAUUUGUAUUGAGAUAGAUUUGUAUUGAGAUAGAUUUGUAUUGAGAUAGAUUUGUAUUGAGAUAGAUUUGUGUUGAGAUAGAUUUGUAUUGAGAUAGAUUUGUAUUGAGAUAGAUUUGUAUUGAGAUAGAUUUGUGUUGAGAUAGAUUUGUAUUGAGAUAGAUUUGUGUUGAGAUAGAUUUGUAUUGAGAUAGAUUUGUAUUGAGAUAGAUUUGUAUUGAGAUAGAUUUGUAUUGAGAUAGAUUUGUGUUGAGAUAGAUUUGUAUUGAGAUAGAUUUGUAUUGAGAUAGAUUUGUGUUGAGAUAGAUUUGUGUUGAGAUAGAUUUGUAUUGAGAUAGAUUUGUAUUGAGAUAGAUUUGUAUUGAGAUAGAUUUGUAUUGAGAUAGAUUUGUAUUGAGAUAGAUUUGUGUUGAGAUAGAUUUGUAUUGAGAUAGAUUUGUAUUGAGAUAGAUUUGUAUUGAGAUAUAUUUGUAUUGAGAUAGAUUUGUGUUGAGAUAGAUUUGUAUUGAGAUAGAUUUGUGUUGAGAUAGAUUUGUAUUGAGAUAGAUUUGUAUUGAGAUAGAUUUGUAUUGAGAUAUAUUUGUAUUGAGAUAGAUUUGUGUUGAGAUAGAUUUGUAUUGAGAUAGAUUUGUAUUGAGAUAGAUUUGUAUUGAGAUAGAUUUGUAUUGAGAUAGAUUUGUGUUGAGAUAGAUUUGUAUUGAGAUAGAUUUGUGUUGAGAUAGAUUUGUGUUGAGAUAGAUUUGUGUUGAGAUAGAUUUGUGUUGAGAUAGAUUUGUAUUGAGAUAGAUUUGUAUUGAGAUAGAUUUGUGUUGAGAUAGAUUGACUCUUAUAAAGUGAAAUAAAAUGAGGACGUUUAUUUCUGACAUUGAAAAGAUCAAUGUUUCAAAUUUUAACUAAGGUCGUCUAUACCUGAUACAACGCUUACGUCUCAAAUGGACCAAUUAUGGUUGGGGGCCUUCUUUUUUUUUUAAAAAAAAAAGGGGAAGAAUGAAAACAAAUUUUUUUUUUAACUUUCCUCCUCCUCUUCCUUCUUUUUUUUUCAUUAAAAAAAAAGAAGAUAAAUAAGAAAGAAGAAAUCAAAAAAAAGAAUGUCAACAACAAUGUCCCGAAUGAGAAGAAAGGACAGCCCAAAGUGGGGUUGAGAUUAAAAUUGUUUGUUUCAACGUAUGUAACAUCAAUUAUCAAACUCAUGUAACAUCAAUCAUCAAACUCAUGUAACAUCAGCCAUCAAAGUCACUUUCAAAACAAACAAAAAUGUAAUAAUAAUAAUCACAUAAAUAAUUAUGAUGUGAAGACUGUUAAGAUGUUGUUAUUGCCUUAAAAAGUAAGGCACAAUUUUUAACAUUUUAAAUUCCACGAUUUCUAGUUAUUCGAGACGCCUAUUAUUAAUGAAGAUAUAACGAGCUAUUUCCCUUUAUUCUCGCCAACAGAGUCGGAUCCCUGUGUACAUCGCCCACAAUCCUGCUGGGACUUCCGUCCAAAAUAUCUUACACUGGGCCCAGGUAAAUGUCCAGUCAUAAAUUGUAGCAAACAAAUUGUGUUAAUACUGUUAGCCAUUAGUACCGAUUGUAGAUCUAGGUAUUCUGGAAUAACGUAGGCCCCGAAAAUGAUUCAGAUCGCUUUUCUUUUUUGUUUGUUAUUUUUUUCGUGCGUGUGGCUAAGUCCAGGAUGUAGUGUCAGUUCCUAGACGCCGGCUAGACCAAAGCCGUGGUAGCUACGUCGCUUAGUUUGAUAGAGCAGACUUUGUCGUUUCUAAGACCGGAGAGAGAGAGUCACAGCGCACUUUCAGUUACUACUUUAAAACUAUUGUUUUGGGAACCACGGGUGUUAGCAACGUUGUUCCUUUCCACACACACACGCACACACACGCACACACAUACACACACACACACAGCCUUACAUUUCAUGACAUGAUGGUGAAGCCAGCCUUACAUUUCAUGACAUGAUGGUGAAGCCAGCCUUACAUUUCAUGACAUGAUGGUGAAGCUAGCCUUACAUUUCAUGACAUGAUGGUGAAGCCAGCCUUACAUUUCAUGACAUGAUGGUGAAGCCAGCCUUACAUUUCAUGACAUGAUGGUGAAGCCAGCUUUACAUUUCCUGACAUGCUGAUGAAGCCUGCCUUACAUUACAUGACAUAAUGGUGAAGCCAGCCUUACAAUACCCGACAUGAUGGUGAAGCCAGCCUUACAUUACAUGACGUGAUGGUGAAGCUAGCCUUACAUUACAUGUCAUGAUGGUGAAGAUAGCCUUACAUAACAUGACAUGGUGAUUAAACUAAACCCAGUUGAUCAACUAGUUCAAAGAUAACUGAACCAAUGAAGAAAAAAGAACAACGCAAAAGAUGUAACAUCUUAUAUUUCAUAGCGUCUUACGUUUCAUAACGUCUUAUAUUUCAUAACAUCUUAUAUUUCAUAACAUCGUAUAUUUCAUAACAUCUUAUGUUUCAUAACAUCUUAUGUCUCAUAACGUCUUAUAUUUCAUAACAUCGUAUAUUUCAUAACAUCUUAUGUUUCAUAACAUCUUAUGUCUCAUAACGUCUUAUAUUUCAUAACAUCUUAUAUUUCAUAACAUCUUAUAUUUCAUAACAUCUUAUAUUUCAUAACAUCUUAUAUUUCAUAACAUCUUAUAUUUCAUAACAUCUUAUAUUUCAUAACAUCUUAUAUUUAAUAAUAUCUUAUAUUUCAUAACAUCUUAUAUUUCAUAACGUCUUAUAUGUCAUAACAUCUUAUAUUUCAUAACAUCUUAUAUUUCAUAACAUCUUAUAAUUCAUAACAUCUUAUAUUUCAUAACAUCUUAUAUUUCAUAACGUCUUAUAUUUCAUAACGUCUUAUAUUUCAUAACAUCUUAUAUUUCAUAACAUCGUAUAUUUCAUAACAUCUUAUGUUUCAUAACAUCUUAUGUCUCAUAACGUCUUAUAUUUCACAACGUCUUAUAGUUCAUAACGUCUUAUAUUUCAUAACAUCUUAUAUUUCAUUACAUCUUAUAUUUCAUAACAUCUUAUAUUUCAUAACAUCUUAUAUUUCAUAACGUCUUAUGUUUCAUAACGUCUUAUAUUUCAUAACGUCUUAUAUUUCAUAACAUCUUAUAUUUCAUAACAUCUUAUAUUUCAUAACGUCUUAUGUUUCAUAACAUCUUAUAUUUCAUAACAUCUUAUAUUUCAUAACGUCUUAUAUUUCAUAACAUCUUAUAUUUCAUAACAUCUUAUAUUUCAUAACAUCUUAUAUUUCAUAAUAUCUUAUAUUUCAUAACAUCUUAUGCUUCAUAACAUCUUAUAUUUCAAAACUUCUUAUAUUUCAUAACAUCUUAUGUUUCAUAACAUCUUAUAUUUCAUAACAUCUUAUAUUUCAUAACGUCUUAUAUUUCAUAACAUCUUAUAUUUCAUAACAUCUUAUAUUUCAUAAUAUCUUAUAUUUCAUAACAUCUUAUGCUUCAUAACAUCUUAUAUUUCAAAACUUCUUAUAUUUCAUAACAUCUUAUGCUUCAUAACAUCUUAUAUUUCAAAACUUCUUAUAUUUCAUAACAUCUUAUGCUUCAUAACAUCUUAUAUUUCAGGCUUUCAACUCCAAACAGUUCCAGCAUUUUGAUUACGGCACUGCGCGAGAAAACAUGAAACACUACGGCCAGGUAAGCUUGUAUUCAAACAUGACUGCGAGGUAAGCUUGUAUUCAAACACCACGGACAGGUAAGCUUGUUUUCAAACAUUACUGCCAGGUAAGCUUGAUUCAAACACUACGGCCAGGUAAGCUUGUUUUCAAACAUUACUGCCAGGUAAGCUUGUAUUCAAACACCACGGACAGGUAAGCGUGUAUUCAAACAUUACUGCCAGGUAAGAUUGUAUUCAAACAUUACUGCCAGGUAAGCUUUUAUUCAAACACUACGGCCAGGUAAGAUUGUAUUCAAACAGUACGGCCAGGUAAGAUUGUAUUCAAACAGUACGGCCAGGUAAGCUUGUAUUCAAACACUACGGCCAGGUAAGCUUGUAUUCAAACACUUCGGCCUUGUAAGCUUUUAUUCAAACACUACGGCCAAGUAACCUAGUAUUCGUCAAUCAUACUACUCAAUCAUACUACUCAAUCAUACUACUCAAUCAUACUACUCAAUCAUACUACUCAAUCAUACUACUCAAUCACACUACUCAAUCAUACUACUCAAUCAUACUACUCAAUCAUACUACUCAAUCAUACUACUCAAUCAUACUACUCAAUCACACUACUCAAUCAUACUACUCAAUCACACUACUCAAUCAUACUACUCAAUCAUACUACUCAAUCAUACUACUCAAUCACACUACUCAAUCAUACUACUCAAUCACACUACUCAAUCAUACUACUCAAUCAUACUACUCAAUCAUACUACUCAAUCAUACUACUCAAUCAUACUACUCAAUCAUACUACUCAAUCACACUACUCAAUCAUACUACUCAAUCACACUACUCAAUCAUACUACUCAAUCAUACUACUCAAUCAUACUACUCAAUCACACUACUCAAUCAUACUACUCAAUCACACUACUCAAUCAUACUACUCAAUCAUACUACUCAAUCAUACUACUCAAUCACACUACUCAAUCAUACUACUCAAUCACACUACUCAAUCAUACUACUCAAUCAUACUACUCAAUCAUACUACUCAAUCACACUACUCAAUCAUACUACUCAAUCACACUACUCAAUCAUACUACUCAAUCAUACUACUCAAUCAUACUACUCAAUCACACUACUCAAUCAUACUACUCAAUCACACUACUCAAUCAUACUACUCAAUCAUACUACUCAAUCAUACUACUCAAUCACACUACUCAAUCAUACUACUCAAUCACACUACUCAAUCAUACUACUCAAUCAUACUACUCAAUCAUACUACUCAAUCAUACUACUCAAUCAUACUACUCAAUCAUACUACUCAAUCACACUACUCAAUCAUACUACAGUUAGUGUGAUGAGUUAGUAUGAUGAGUUACAUACUACUCAAUCAUCAAGAUUAGUGAUUCUCGUUUUUUUUUUUUUUCUUUGCGAUUUAACUCUAAAUAUUUUCAAUCGUUGAAGGACAUUUUAAAAAAAAGAUUCAUACGAAAUUUGUUUUUCGUCAUAUUUCGUUUUUAUAAAGUUUGCAACUUCAAACUUGAUAGGAAAUUGAGGAAGCCAGAGCCAGGAAAUAAACUUGUGUUCCUUUCUUUUUUCUUUAUAUCCAGCCGACGCCGCCAUUAUACGACGCUAAAGAGGUCAAGGUCCCAGUGGCCUUUGUGAGAGGCGGCAAAGAUUUCCUGGCAGAUCCAACGGACGUGGCCUGGCUCCUCCCCCAGCUGAAUGUGACGCAUGACGUCAACAUCGGGCACUACGAGCAUUUGGACUUUAUAUGGGCGUAUGACGCACCAACAUACGUCUAUGACGCGAUACUUAAAAUUGUCUUUUCCUAGAGGGAUAAUCUAUGCUGCUUUAAAAAAAAUAGUAUAGUCGAGGGAGAAAUGAUUCUGAGAAAUAAAAAAGAUUGUAAGACUGCA